UUUUUAUAAGGAUACAGAGUUUUAUAUCAUUGCCAUUAGUUGGAUUUCCCCUGACGAUGAAGUUUCUAGUUGCACUUUUUGUUUUUGGCGCCAUUGUUCACGCGGAAGAUGUCCAAUUUUCUGGACAGAGUCUCGCUUACGGGUAUAUACAAAAUAUAGGAAUCCCAGAAGCGGAGAGAAUUCGGGAAGCUGAAAAAUUAGGAGCAUCAAGAAUAAUUGGAGGGGUGCCAGCUGCUCUUGGACAAUACCCGUUCCAGGCUGGAAUUCUUGGUGACGUCACCGUGGCGGGUAAUCCAGCUACUAGUGUUUGUGGUGGAUCUCUUAUAUCAGCCAGUCGUGUUUUAACAGCAGCUCACUGCUGGUUUGACGGUCAAGUACAAGCUUGGAGGCUUACAGUAGUCCUCGGUUCAGUUCUUCUGUUCAGUGGUGGUACUAGAAUACAGACUAGUGCAGUCGCCACUCAUCCCAACUUUAGCCCAGCUUUAGCACGCAAUGAUGUAGCUGUCGUUUAUUUCUCUAAUUCUGUAUCUCUAUCAGCCAAUAUUGCACCUGUAGCACUUCCUAGUGGAUCUCAACUUUUUGAGUCAUUUGUGGGAGAGAGGGCAAUAGCUGUUGGUUUUGGUGUAACUAGCAAUGAUGGUAGCAUCGGCUCGAACCAGAAUCUAAACCACGUCAGUUUGAGCGUGAUCUCAAACAGCGAGUGCAAUUGGGUGUACCCUCUAGUCUUGCAGUCUUCUAACAUCUGCACCAGUGGUCUUGGUACUGUAGGGAUAUGUGGCGGAGACAGCGGUGGACCUCUCGUCAUCACCAGGGACAAUAGACAUGUCUUGAUUGGUGUAACAUCUUUCCGCCACGGACUUGGCUGCGACAGCAGUAUGCCAAGUGCUUACGCCCGUGUCACAUCGUUUAUGGACUUCAUCAACCGUCACAUUUAAUCAACAACAUUAAAAUCAAUAAUAAAAAUCUUGUUUUAUUUUUAAUUGAAUUUUAUUGUUCUUAAUUCAAUUUAAUAAAAUAAUAAUAAGUAUAUUUAUGGCUUUUAUUGGAUUUG